AAGUUUCCGAUCUAGAGUACCCAGAGUGCUUUUAGCUCAUCGGGGUAUUUUCGAAUCACGGGAUCCGCCAUAUUUCUCAUCUUCAUCUUCCGGAUUUUGCUUUUGUAUUUUCAUUAAUUGGCGAGGUAAGGAUUCUUAAAGGGAGCAGUAGUUUGAACGGUUUGUGUAUCCUCUGUUCUUUAUUGAGCCCCAGUGACCUUCUUGUGGUGCAACGCAGAGCUGUUCUUUUCUCAAGGGGGUGGGUAACAUCAAGCUUCUCCUUGCUCUUUAUUGACCGCACAUUUUCACGUGCUAGCUUUGACGAAAUCCUCUGGUGUGUCUUCAGUUAUUAUUUCAGCAACAAAAUUGAAUUCUUAUCGCGAUAAAUCUGCUAAUUAUGUCCUAUAUUACAUGUAGAAACUAGAGCCGUACAUGAAUCGUAGGUUGAAGAAAAUUCUCGUAAUAUUUCCUUUUGAAGGUGCACUUCAUCAUAUUUCCGUCUUUGGGGGUCAUUCAUAAAGAGUGCACUCUUUCCUCGAAUGAAGCCUUUUGAAAAUUCUUCUUUUGCAUUUUAGCUUCCCGAUCAUGGCAGCAACGGGACCUUACAACUACUCCUACAUAUUCAAGUACAUAAUUAUCGGUAAGCCAAGCCUUCUAACUUUAGAAGGAACCAAUUUUCUUGUUGUCUUUUUACGUGGUCGUUUAUUUUGUAGUUAGUUUUCCACUCUGUAGUUGCUGAUUUAUUGUUCGGAAAAUUAGUUUAAGAAUUCUAUAGGUGACUUCACUUUCGUGAUGAAGAUUAAUUUUAAGGAGGAAUGUUUCGACAUGCAUAAGUGGCCAUAUACACUUCGAUCAUUUGAAAGGUUGUUCAUUUUAUAGUUCAGUUAGUCUUUAUCUGCCCUGUCAGCACUAAUAACCUUUUCUUGAUAUACGAAAUUUCAAAAUUUAGCCACUUUUAUAGCCAGUCCCUUCCCUCUUCUGUCUUUUUUUUUAUCUACAGUAUCUUUUAUCUUACCAUAUUAAUAUUUAGUGAAAAAUUUUCCCCAAAGUUCAUGCUACAAUGUGGUUUAGGUGUAAGUUGACAGUACUCCUAAACUUGAUUCUCAAAACGCUAUACCUGAUACUUGAUCCUCAAGAGCAAAUCUUCUACAACCUAGAAUUUUUAAGCAAAUUAAUAUUUUCACAAAUAAUACUGGCUUAUAUAGGAGUAAACUUAUUUGCAAUUCUGUAUUUUGAGAUAAAAGUUUCUGUUCAGUAGGAUCCAUGACACCUGUUAUAUAUGAAAAGUUUGUAUUAAACAAAAAGUAGUAAAAUGAGAUACAGGUGCAUGUUGAGGGCUUAUACUGAAAUAUAGUGGUUUUUUUUGUAGGAGAUAUGGGUGUAGGCAAAUCCUGUCUACUUCAUCAAUUUACAGAAAAGAAAUGUAAUUAUACAUUUUAGUUUCAUUUUGAAAGUCUCUAAUAAUUUUUUUUGUGCACACUCUGAAAGCAAUGACAUUCAUUCAUAUUUCAUCAACCAUAUAACUUUAGCAGUACAUGUACAGUUUUUGACCCUUUAACUCCCAUGAGUGACCAAGACUGAAUUUCUCCUUACUAUUUCAAACCAACAUCAAGCAGACAAGUGAUGAGAAUAAAGAAAAAUAUCAAUUAGGGGAUUAUCAGUUAAUCCAAUACCAAAUUCUCCAAAAUAACAACAAAAGAAUUAUUUGGCAGACAGUAAGGAGAAUUGCUAAUGAGAUCUUGGGAGUUAAAGGGUUAGUUGUAGUUUUAAUGUUUAUUCAUUACUUGCUGAGCAGUUAGUCAAAAUUUAUUAACUUGUUAGAGGUAACAAUAUAGGAAAUAUAUAACAGACAAUGUGAAGAAUCAAAUUUUAGAUCAUGGGAGUGAAAAGGCUAAAUAAAAAUUGGAGACAGUUUCUUAUGGGUUCUGAUAACAAUGUACAUGUACCUAAGCUGAACCUUAAAUUAUGCAAGUGUGUAGAUGUAAGUUAACACAAGUAUUGUUUGCUUCUGAUAGUUAUGGCAGACUGCCCACACACCAUUGGUGUAGAGUUUGGAACAAGGAUAAUUGAAGUAUCAGGCCAGAAGAUCAAACUUCAAAUUUGGGAUACAGCUGGACAAGAGAGAUUUAGGUGUGUUUUGCCUUUACCUUUAAUACCCACGAGUGACCAAGACAGAAUUUCUCUAUACGAUGCCAAUAUAUUGUCAUGCAGACAGGCAAUGAGAUUGAGGAAAAAUGUCAGUCGGGGGAUUUUUAGUUAAUCCAAUACCAAAUUCUCAGAGCUAAUGUUGUAAGAAUUGCAUGUUAGGCAGUAACGAGAAUUAAUGAUAAAAUCUGGGAGUUCAAGGGGUUAAACUUCAUCUUCUCCUCAUCUUCUCCUCAUCAAAAUACACACACUUUUCUUUCUUUUUAAGACAUAGCACUGAUCCAUCUUAGAAAUGGCUUUCUUUGAGCCAAAGAAUGUGUGCUUACCAGUAGCCAUUACAACUUAUGUUAUUUAAAUGGGCAAUAAUAAAUUUUUCAGAGCUGUAACAAGAAGUUAUUACCGAGGUGCAGCUGGUGCCCUCAUGGUGUAUGAUAUUACAAGGUAAGAAUAGAUUUCCUUGUGGAAAAUGAGCAUGUACAUGUACACCUGUAUAUUUUUUCUUUGGAGUAAUGUUUUGGUAUGUCAUAUAAUGUUUUCUGUAAAUGUUAGACCAUGAUAUGUGGUGAGUUGGUUAAGACUGUUGUAGAGGGUUCCUGUUCCCACAAUUAUUGUGAACUGAUGGUGACUGGGCAAGGGAGCAUACAGUAGGUCUAGUAAACACUGACCAGAAAACAAAGAUGGGAAAUUUGAUUCACAUAAAACAGUCUUGGUUUGGUAAUAUUUGCAAUGAUAACAACCAGUUACCUCUGGUACUUAAAAAAGAUUUAUCAUGGUAAUUAAAUAAAUGUUUGUUGGUUUGUUCAACUUUCAUAGGAGAAGUACUUACAAUCAUCUAAGUAGCUGGCUCACAGAUGCAAGAAAUUUAACAAACCCAAACACAGUAAGUUACUACAAGUAAUAGCAGGGUUUCCAAUAAGAUGCACAGCAGUUUGUCACUCACACAGUGACAUGAAAACUUGCUCUUUACUCUUCAACCAGGUUACAUGCACUCAACUGUUUUUGAUCAGAGAUUGGAAAGAGUGCUGGAAUGAAUUAAAAAGAUAAUAAAGGAACUGAAAGCUAAAUAGGAAAACAGAAAAUAGUAUCAUGUAGUAGCUCAAUAUAAAUUUGUGAUUUAUAAGGGUGGAUGAAACCAGAAGUGAAAAAUGUUCACAAUGAAAACAGUAAUUUCUAGUUGCUACGAAUUGUAUUAAAUUUCUUUUUUGUAGUGCAUGAAGUUGUUUCCUUUUUUUACAGUUUUUUGUUAAUUACCUUUAGGUGAUAUUUCUUAUUGGGAACAAGUCAGACUUAGAUGCUCAGGUCAGUACAGAUAUUUGAUAUCAAAUCAAUCAGGGGUUAGUCUAUCUUUCUGUGUUUUGAUACUGGCCAUUUCUCCUUCUGUAAGAAUUGACCUCAACAGACAUGUACAGCUGUUCAUGUGCAUUUGUGUGCAUAGUAUUGGUGAAACUUGCAGUCAGUUUGUCAUUGUUUCUUGAAUGUUCUUAUCACAAUAGAGAGAUGUGACUUAUGAAGAAGCCAAACAAUUUGCUGAGGAGAAUGGUGAGCCAUUUUAACCCUGUUAUUACCACGUUUGCUUUCUAAAUGCCUGCCAUACAAUUUAUAUGACUUGUGGUGUCAAAUCAAUUAGUGUUGGCUAGUUGAUGUUUUUAUUUUAACUAGACCUCUGCCAGAUGAUGCAUAGAUGUUAUAAAGAGAAAUUACUCAUUAGUCACUCCUAGGAGUGUAAAAUGAAUCAACAGGUACAAUAAACACUGCCUGGAGUAGUUUUGCUCAUGUAAAAUUCAUCUCAAUUGUAACCAUAUUAUUUUUCUCUAUCCUUGUAGGACUUCUGUAUUGUGAAGCAAGUGCAAAAACGUAAGGGCCAUAGUUAUAAGUAUUAUUUAAAAAGUACAAAUGUGCACUACUAUCCCAUGUUUAUGCCACUCCUCCACAGUACUGACAACUUUGCAUUCUUUGGUUAUGAACAAGUUUUGGUUUUCAUUCUUUAGGGGUGAAAAUGUAGAGGAUGCCUUCCUUGAUACAGCAAAGAAAAUUUACCAAAAUAUUCAGGAUGGAAGGUAUGUCUGAGGUUAUUGUUACACCUGUUACAGUAUUUCACUCUGUUAUAGUGUUGUUUAUUAUAUGGACAGGAGAGUUUUGCCUGGAAUUAAAACACUCAUAGGUGCAUAUGGUACCUGUAUAUUAUGUUCCCUUGUCUUUGAGCUGCACUGUGAGAACAUUGACUCACUCAAACAAAAUUCACAUUGUAUGGCUGCAGUGUAAUUAAAUUAUCUAGGAGUACAUGCUGAUAUGAAGGAAUGUGGGGGAAAGUCCCCUUAAUAAACUUUUUCUUUUGGAAGGAAGCUUUCCUUCUGCACUAAUGUUAUUUGAGAAAAAGCCAGGACAUGUAAUCAUUAUAAAAUUAUUGUGUAUUCCAUUUGAUAAUGCUUGGUCUGCUUUUUACCAGGUUAUUUGGUUACAUGUACAUGUACAUCAACUGAGUUGAUAAUGUAAAUUGGCCACUGUGGAGAGUCUCUACAGCUGAUGUUUUGAGCAUUAGCCCAUUGUCAGAGCAAAUGGAGAAGGACUAAUGUUUGAAAGGACAGCUUUAAAAACUGUUUAUUGUAACCAAUUUACAUCAUCAACUCAUUUGAUAAAACCAAAUUAUCCUGUAAUACCUCUCAUUGUUGCAGCACCACAGUUUCUUUAGAAACUCACCCCCUCUAUUCAUCUGCUUUUACUAGUUUGGAUCUUAAUGCAGCAGAGUCAGGAGUGCAGCACAAACCACUGGCAGGCAGGCCAGCAAACUCACUGCACACAGAUCAGCAGGCAAAUCAGGAUAAAUGUGCCUGCUAACCUCCUAACCUCCUAAAUAUUUUAAUCAGAGAACAAGGUGAAUGAAUUUCCUCCAUUGGAUACAGACGCAAACAUGACUUAUUUUCGAUAAAUGGUACACAACAUUGGUUAAGUCUAACAUGUACAUGUAGAUAUCAGAUGUGGUAUAAAUACUUAUAUUGUAGCAAAAGGGAAAUGAUGAGGAAUGGUUGUCCUCAUUGGCAAUAUCAUCUUAUCAUUUCCAUUAGCAAAGAAGAUGCUGUAACACACUACUUUUGAUGAAAGAUAUUCAUGUUUUGUGUAAGGAAAUCUACAAUGGUUCAGUACUAGUUAUGGCACAAGGGUGAAAUUACAGCAGGGUGGAAAGAUGAUUUUUACUUAAAUUCCCAUUUAAAGAAACUGUUUGUCAUACAUGUACAGGUAUUUAACUCUUUUACAUUGACUCAGGAUGCCAUGACAAUAACAACACAUGGUUCAUGAAGCAAGUGUUGAAAAUUUAAAAUUAAUCAACAUGGGGUUAACAAUAAUAUCCUAAUUCUAAUUCUAAGAAAUAAUAUCCAAAGUAAUGUAUGGCAGAUAGUAAAGACAGAUUUUGAAAGUGAAAGAGUUAAAUUAGCAAAGCCAACAUAUUUUUGCCUGUUGUUAAAAAAUUGGGUUCCAUAAUACAAAAAGUUGUUCAGAAGUGCUGUAGACAACCAAACCAAACACAGCUAGCUGUUUCAUUCUUUUUAAAAUUAAUAGUUCUCUGUGUACGUUUCUUUUCCUCUUGUUUCCCAUAAGUUUAUUUUGCUCCCAGUACACUGCCAAUUCUGAAUAUUCAAACUGAAUUGCUAAACCUAUUGGUGUUCAUCACAAUGGAAUUGUCACAAAGUGUUCCCUGCAUGCAUGACAACCAUCAAGGAAAUCGUAUCAGCAAGACCAGUGUUGUAAUGCUUUUCAUGCUUUUGUACACAAUGGGCUGCAUUUGUCCCUCAAGAUGAUAGAAUAAUGUUUAACUUGUAAAAUCUUGAUAGCACAAUACAAAGAAAAUCAGCACUUAGACAUUUUCUCAUACCUCUUGAAGGAAAGCUCAGGGCUACAGGGGAAAGUUGUUACAUCAUUGAAGAACAAUGCUAUAUUGUAAUGCCUUUCUGACUAGAAAAUGACUUUGCUAAAUGUCUGUUGUAGGCAAUUGUUUUCAAAGUUUACUUGCAGAUGUUUCUUGGUGUGCUUGUAACUCCUUGAAUGCGUUGCUCAAUCCAGCUCUCCUCUUUCUUUUGAUAAAAUAAAGAUGUACAGAGUAGGAUAUGUGAAUGUCACUUGUCAUUAUACUUGUAACUUUACUACAAAGACCAGAUGCUAUUGUAAGAAGUCUAAGCUUUUGCUGGUAAAUGGGGAUGGGUGUGAACAGGAUGGGUGUCAUGCAGUUUUCUUGCUUGGAACGUAGGUUUACAUGUGGGCAAUUCCACCAAGUAAUAUUCCUUUAUUUACCACUUAACUGUCUACUUUUCGCAAUUGAGCCGUUUUAACCCAUUCUUUUGUUUAAGGCAGCAGAGAGUUUAUACAACUGUAGUUUGCAUGAUAAAAAAGGUGUGAAAAAUGUCUUUUUGUUUGUUUUUUUUUUCACAUUGCAACCAAACAUGGUUAUUACACUUUCAACAAAGAAUGAUUCAAAUAAGACAAAUCCAAACUUUCAACUCUCUAAACGUGGAUUCUCUGAUGGGAUCAACCUCUUCAUUACGGGAUGGUUCUUUUUUUGUGAACUUGAAGCGAACAGUUUAUUUUUUGUGAACUCUCAUUGAAACGCAAUAAGAGGAUAGGAAAUAAACGGGUCAAAUUAUAUUAAAAGCUCAGUGACCCAGUGGAGUGCAACUUUAUCGACACUCUGAUUCCCAUGAAGGACCGCGGCAGAAUUUCUCCUUAAAAAAUCAUUGCAAUAACAAUUCGGGAAUUGUCAUUUCAUCCAAUGCCAAAUUCUCCAAAUGCACAUCAUAAGAAUCGUACAGUAGACAGUAAGGAGAAUUACUAAAGAGAUCUUGGGGGUUACAGAGUUCACUCAACAAGACAAUAUGCAAUUUUAAAUUCAUAAUCUUUACAUAUUCUUUCUGAAUCUUAAAAAUUCUAUAUACAACUCAAUCUGAGUCUUCAGACGUAACUUAAUAACAUAAGUACCAG